AUGGCGGGGGCGCCGCGCGGCCAAGGCGGCGGCGGAGGCGCGGGCGAGCCCGGGGGCGCAGAGCGGGCGGCCGGGCCGGGCGGCCGGCGUGGGUUCCGGGCGUGUGGCGAGGAGUUCGCGUGCCCCGAGCUGGAGGCGCUGUUCCGCGGCUACACGUUGCGGCUGGAGCAGGCGGCCACGCUGAAAGCGCUGGCGGUGCUCAGCCUGCUGGCGGGAACCCUGGCGCUGGCGGAGCUGCUGGGCGCACCGGGGCCAGCGCCCGGCCUCGCCAAGGGGUCGCACCCAGUGCACUGCAUCCUUUUCCUGGCGCUGUUCGUGGUCACCAAUGUCCGAUCCCUGCAGGUGUCCCAGCUGCAGCAGGUCGGUCAGCUGGCGCUGUUCUUCAGCCUCACCUUCGCGCUACUCUGCUGCCCCUUCGCGCUGGGCGGCCCCGCGAGGAGCUCUGCGGGAGGCGCAAUGGGCUCGGCGGUCGCCGAGCAGGGGGUUUGGCAACUCCUUUUGGUCACCUUCGUGUCCUAUGCCUUGCUGCCCGUGCGCAGCCUACUGGCCAUCGGCUUCGGGCUGGUGGUGGCUGCCUCGCACUUACUGGUCACAGCCGCCUUGGUCCCUGCCAAGCGCCCACGUCUCUGGAGGACGCUUGGUGCCAAUGCCCUGCUCUUCUUCAGUGUGAACAUGUAUGGUGUCUUCGUGCGGAUCUUGACAGAGCGCUCCCAGAGGAAGGCUUUCCUGCAGGCUCGAAACUGCAUUGAGGACCGGCUGAGGCUGGAGGAUGAGAAUGAGAAGCAGGAGCGGCUGCUCAUGAGCCUCUUGCCCCGGAAUGUUGCCAUGGAGAUGAAGGAAGACUUCCUGAAGCCCCCUGAGAGGAUUUUUCACAAGAUUUACAUCCAGAGGCAUGACAAUGUGAGCAUCCUGUUUGCAGACAUCGUGGGUUUCACAGGUCUGGCGUCCCAGUGCACGGCCCAGGAGCUGGUGAAACUGCUCAAUGAACUCUUUGGCAAGUUCGAUGAGUUAGCUACGGAAAACCACUGUCGCCGAAUCAAGAUCCUUGGAGACUGCUACUACUGUGUGUCUGGCCUCACCCAGCCCAAGACUGAUCACGCCCACUGCUGUGUGGAGAUGGGGCUUGACAUGAUCGAUACCAUCACAUCCGUGGCUGAGGCUACUGAAGUAGACCUGAACAUGCGUGUGGGCCUCCACACCGGCAGGGUUCUCUGUGGUGUCCUGGGCCUACGCAAGUGGCAGUAUGACGUAUGGUCCAAUGACGUGACCCUGGCCAAUGUCAUGGAGGCUGCUGGCUUACCAGGGAAGGUCCACAUCACAAAGACGACCCUCGCGUGCUUGAAUGGGGACUACGAGGUGGAGCCAGGUCAUGGCCAUGAGAGGAACACCUUUCUGAGAACUCACAACAUUGAGACCUUCUUUAUUGUGCCAUCCCAUCGGAGGAAGAUAUUUCCAGGCUUGAUUCUCUCGGAUAUCAAGCCAGCCAAGAGGAUGAAGUUCAAGACCGUCUGCUACCUGCUGGUGCAGCUCAUGCACUGCCGGAAAAUGUUCAAGGCUGAGAUCCCCUUCUCCAAUGUGAUGACCUGCGAGGAUGACGACAAGCGGAGGGCAUUGAGAACAGCCUCGGAGAAGCUCAGAAACCGUUCGUCUUUCUCUACCAAUGUGGUCUACACCACUCCGGGUACACGUGUCAACAGGUACAUCAGCCGUCUUCUUGAAGCCCGCCAGACAGAGCUAGAGAUGGCCGAUCUGAACUUCUUUACCCUGAAGUACAAGCAUGUCGAACGAGAACAAAAAUACCACCAGCUUCAGGAUGAGUACUUCACCAGCGCCGUUGUCCUCGCCCUCAUCCUGGCUGCCUUAUUUGGGCUUAUCUACCUUCUGGUAAUUCCACAGAGCGUGGCUGUCCUGCUGCUGCUGGUGUUUUCUAUCUGCUUCUUGGUGGCCUGUACCCUGUACCUGCACAUCACGCGGGUCCAGUGUUUUCCAGGGUGCCUGACGAUCCAGAUCCGCACCGCUUUGUGUGUAUUCAUAGUGGUCUUAAUCUACUCAGUAGCUCAAGGAUGUGUGGUGGGCUGCCUGCCCUGGGCCUGGAGCUCUCAGUCCAACAGCUCCUUAGUGGUCCUUGCAGCUGGUGGCCGGCGCACUGUGCUGCCUGCCCUGCCCUGUGAAUCUGCACACCAUGCCCUGCUCUGCUGCCUGGUGGGCACCCUCCCACUAGCCAUAUUCCUGCGGGUGUCCUCCUUGCCAAAGAUGAUCCUGCUGUCUGGGCUGACUACUUCCUACAUCCUUGUCCUGGAGCUCAGUGGAUACACCAAGGUUGGGGGUGGUGCCCUCUCUGGGCGCAGCUAUGAGCCAAUCAUGGCUAUCCUGCUGUUCUCGUGCACGCUGGCCCUGCACGCCAGGCAAGUGGAUGUCAGACUCCGGCUGGACUACCUCUGGGCAGCACAGGCGGAGGAGGAACGGGAUGACAUGGAGCGAGUCAAGCUGGACAACAAGAGGAUCCUCUUCAACCUCCUGCCAGCUCACGUCGCACAGCACUUCCUCAUGUCCAAUCCCCGGAACAUGGACCUCUAUUACCAAUCCUACUCCCAGGUGGGCGUCAUGUUCGCCUCCAUCCCCAACUUCAAUGACUUCUACAUAGAACUGGAUGGCAACAACAUGGGCGUUGAGUGUCUGCGGCUCCUCAACGAGAUCAUUGCCGACUUUGAUGAGCUCAUGGACAAGGACUUCUACAAGGAUCUGGAGAAGAUCAAGACCAUUGGGAGUACCUAUAUGGCUGCCGUGGGGCUGGCGCCCACGGCAGGAACCAGAGCUAAAAAGUCCAUCUCUUCCCACCUGUGCACACUGGCAGACUUUGCCAUCGACAUGUUUGAUGUUCUGGAUGAAAUCAACUACCAGUCCUACAACGACUUUGUUCUCCGAGUCGGCAUCAACGUGGGCCCUGUGGUUGCUGGAGUGAUCGGUGCUCGAAGGCCCCAGUAUGACAUCUGGGGAAACACAGUCAACGUGGCCAGUCGGAUGGAUAGCACUGGGGUCCAGGGAAGAAUUCAGGUGACCGAGGAAGUCCACCGGCUGCUGAAGAGGUGCGAAUACCAGUUUGUGUGCAGAGGCAAAGUCAGCGUCAAGGGCAAGGGAGAGAUGCUAACGUACUUUCUAGAAGGCAGGACUGAUAGAAACAGUUCCCACGGCAGGACCUUUCGCUUGGAGCGAAGGAUGUGUCCUUAUGGGAGAGGUGGAGGCCAGGCCAGACGACCUCCACUGUGUCCCGCAGCUGGACCCCCAAUCAGACCAGGGCUUCCUCCAGCCCCCACUAGCCAGUACCUGUCAUCUACAGCAGCAGGGAAGGAAGCCUAGUGGAGCCCAUGGGCCACUGGAGAUGCAUGCAAGGCAAGAAUGCUCCAGGGUGACACAAGCCCCAUGGCUUUAGCCAGGACCAGCCAGAGGAGCAGUUGCCAAGUGGCUGGGCUGGAGAAGAAGCAUUGUCUAAGUGUGGCCUGAGGCCAAUGGGAGAUGUGCCCAAGCCACCCCUUGGGGCAUACUGAGCUCUGUCUCUUCCUAAUGACCUGGUUAUGCCUGGCUAGUGUUGGCGUCGGUGGUGGCACCUUGGGAAUAUCUUCCGUGGUCAUAGCAAAAGCUAUGGAGGUCCAGCUGGCAGAGGAGCCCACCAUGACUGAGCCCCAAAUCAACUGGCUCAUGGGUGGCUCCAGCCCUCAUAAGCUCUGGCUUAUGGGUGGCUCCAGCCCUGGUUAGCAGCUUCAAGUAUGAGUACCAGACUGGGAAGUUGGCCCCGCUGGGCAGGGCCAUGACAGUUAAGCUGUUCACACCAUGGGCACAGCAAAGAGCUGGUCAGGUCUUGGUCAGGGCAGUAUAGAAAGAAUUGAAAAGACACCUCUUACUGCAUGAAAAGCGGGAUUGCUGGCUUUCCUCAAGAGUAGGCUUUUGCUAACAACCAGAGGCAGGUCUUCUGGAAUUCUCGGGAGGCCCUAUAGCCCUACUUCUGUCCUCCUGGCUCGUGCAUUCUCUUCCAACCCCACCUGGCUGUUGGUUUCUGACUGCUGCCACAGAGGGCCCUCGUCUUUCUGUGCCGUCGUUGCACAUUCAGAGAGAGGGGUGUGUGCUGCCUUGCCUUCUCGGUGGUAUCUUGGACACUGUAAGUUUAACAAGAAUCAAGCCUUCACUUGUGCUCAGAGCGACUGACCCACUGCACCCACGGACUGGAAGACCUCUUCUCCUUGGCAUUACCAGCUCUCCUCUUGGUGGUUUCAGAGUUGGCAGAGUGUGAGUUCCUGAGUCUAGGUGUGGUGUCCCUGCUCCAUAGUGAAGGGAAAGAAUGACCCUGUUGACACUUGGAGUCUCCCACCUGUGCUUCCUAGUGACUGCUGUUGUAAGGACAUCCCCUCACAGGGGACAGGAUGCUGGAGGGAGCUGGUCGGAAGCAACUGGCUGGAAAUAGUGGGGCGAAGCCUGGCUUCUGCAGAUGUUCAGCUUCACUCAGAGGAAGGGAGGCAGCUUGAAACAGGGCAGGUGGGCAUAAGCCCUGUCUGGUUGUGUCUAUGGAGGUCCUUUUCCUCACCUCUCCCCAAGGGCCUGCCCCCUUCCGAAGGUCUUGUCUUCUUAGAACAGGUCAGAGCAAAGCCUACCCUUCCCUGGCAGGGUGCAUAUGUGGUGUUCUGGACUCAGCUCUGGCUCAAGUGUGUGGCUACGUUGGCGCCUGGGCAAUUUUCCAGGUCAGCCAGUGCCUAUCGCUGGGACACUCAGCUGAGGCUAGACUCAGGUCACCUGUGGGCAGGAAGAAAACUUCCAGCAAGGGAGAGCUGGGGGCUGCAUGCAAUGUCUCCAAGUCUCUGAGCCUGCACGGCAGGUGCCCUAAGGCGGGGAUGGGGCAGUUGUGAAGAUUGCACAUUCUCUACGGACUGGGCCAGAGCUGGUGGUUGGUGGUAAGGGUAUCCUCCAGCACCUUCUGCAGAGGAACUCUGAUCUAUGGCCACGCUGCUUUGUUGCCUUUCUGAUGAUGUCAGGCAGUGUGCUAUGGCUGUUGUUGGCUGCCUUUCUGUCACCCCACUGUGGCUAGAACCCAGAGCCAGGGCCAGGCUGACCUCAGCACUCCACUGCAGCCUUCAGGGUUGGAGAGCAGGUAGCUUCAGUGUCCUCCAGUGGUCAUUCAUGUCUGGUUCCUGUGGCUUGGCAUUUUGCUCUAACAGUGUUGGGGGAAUGCUGGCUUCAGGAGAGCUGAGGGCAGUGCAGGAGGCUUUUGGGUUCUCCCCUGACCCUGAAAACCAUCACAGAUUGCAUUUAUAAGAACGAUUCAGGCUGUUGCGGGGCUCUGAUUCACCUGAGCCAGAACCUGGCUAGGGCUUGCAAGUCCUCUCUCUCCGUGGCUCUCGCCUCCUGCCCGCCCCCAUGUUUUCAUAUCCUUGGGACAAAUGGCUUUUCCUCAUGGGUUUCUUUUGCACUAGGAAUUUCUCACCUUGUCUGGUCUGUCUUAACCAGAUAUGAAGCAAUCAGCUCAGACAUGAGCACCCAGAGCAAGUGAGUACAUGGUGGCCCUGGUUCCGAGGGCUGUGGUGCUGUCCCUGGCCUUCCAGGCCAUUGAGGAGGAGAGGGAACCUCUCACACAGCCUCAGGGUCCUUCAGAGUGGCUUCUAGGCACCCAGAACUACUCACUGCCUCUCUGGCUGAUCAGAUUAGGGACAGAGGAGUGGUUCUCAAAGAUGCCCACAUGACAGUCCCAGGUCCUGUGUGUGUGUCCUUUGCCACAGUCAAGGACCUUCCCAAGGGGACUUAGGGUAGUAGGCCUGAAGGACUGAGAAAGGAUCCUAGACUAUACCAAUGGGGUUAGGGCUGACACAUGGCCCCUCAGAAGUAGACAGAAAGAUGGCCAGGCUGGGAAAGGUAUGAUGCGUGCCCAGGAGUGAGUCUCUGUUGCUGACCUGAAGAUGAGGACAUGAAACAUUGAAGAGACCUAGGAGGACAACACAGCUCCAGCCAGCAAAGAAGCCAGGAAGUCAUGCCUCCGACCACAAGGAGCUGAAGCUGGCCACAGCCUGAGUAGGCAGCAGGCAGGCCAUCAGAGCCAUCGAGGAGGAGGCCAGCCAGUGACCCCUGGAUCUGACCUAGAUUCCUCUGAGCAGAGCCGGCCUAGGUCUAUAGUACUGCAAUCACGUGGUGUGAGUGUGUAAAACCGAGACCACAAGGGUGCAUGGGCAGAGCCACUCAAGGUGUGGUCAGAGCGAGAGAAAGCAACCUUACAGGAGGAUGGCAUUGCCUUCUCUGGGCACAGGACUGUUCUGAAGUAGACAACACAGGAGCCUUGGCUGGGUCUCUUCUUCAGGGGUGACAUCUCCAUCAUCAGCAAUUCCAAACCCGCCUACUUCCUGUGAGGUCAGAAGCCACACAUGCAGCCAUAAUGUUCCUUGGGGUUUGGCGAUAAACAACUUUCUUUUUACUUGUGAUAAAAAAUGUAUUAUAUUGCCUUAUUUAUUUUUAAUCUUGUACAAAUAUUCAUGUACAGAUGUUAGAGCCAUUUAGGUAGGAUUCUCUCCAAAUUAUUUAUUUUAAGAUGCUCUGUAAAUAGUGCACCAGUUACAGGUGCUUGUUCACUUGUACCAAAAAUGAGGAAAAGCCUGGUACCCACUUCAGCCCCUGCUUGUAAUGCUGUGGCCCUUGGGAAAUGACCCUAGUGUGUUCCCUUCCCACCCCUAGCAUGCCUCCCGUGCCUGACACUCUAGAGUAGAACGCAGCCCCAGAAUGCUUCCAAAUGCUUCCAUGGGCUGUGCCAACCUGGGACAGUUCACUCCUGGGGUGUCUGUACCUACAGGUGUAUGUCCCCCCACACACAGCAAUCCAGUUGUUUCUCAGACUCCAAAGCCACCAGGGCUUCCGGACCCCUUCUGUCAUAGAAGCAAUAACCAUAACCUAAUACUGUAGAGACAAGUCUGGCCCAAACAGAUUGAUAUUUCAGAAACUACCCGUGCAUGUGAGUUUGCUAUGAAAGACUGACAUCCAGGCCCCCCAUCCCUCCCAGAAGCUCUAGCUUCUUAGUUCCUAGAGCCAGGAUUGGUACCCCAAGAUAUAGCUGAGCAGACUGAGCCAGCCACCAGGCCUGGGCCUCACUAUUGCUCACUAAGGAAUAAGGGUGAGGGGAUCCUUACGAUCCUAUAUAUCUAUACCAAUCCUCAAAUCAUGAUGCUUCAUGUGACCGAGGGUCGUGAUGGUUUGUUUCAGUGUUGCAACAUUGUGGCAUAUUCAAGGUGGCACAUCCCACCUUCCUCAGUGCCAUCCUGGUGGGAGAAGGGGACCCCUGAAGGUAUAACAAGAAAGAGCCAGAAAGGGCUGACAGAGGAUUCAGGCCGCGGGCUUGGCUGGCAGAUAUGAGCAGCUUCCAGAGAGCUCACAUUGUAUUUACGUGUGAGCAGAAGGACUCGUGUACCAUUGUCCUAACAGCAACUCGUAGAGACUGCAAAUGACUUGCUUUCACAGGCUGAGUAAGAGGGAAACAGUUUGGAUUGUGGAAUCAGGGGAGGUUUCACUCCAGUCUCUCACCUACCACCACCCUUAGCAAGGUAAGUUCUAGGACUUUCCAGGUCCCAGAGAUCUUCACAGCCUGUCAGAGCUUCAGUCAGUGGAGCUGGGGUGGUGUUGCAGAGCAAGUGCGUACCCUUUAUGCUGAGCAUAAUAGUGGCAGGGAAAGAACUUUGCUAUAUACACUGCACACCUGGCAGCACCAUGCUGCAGAAGGGAUGCUGGUAGUUUACAUUUUUACAUGGCUAUACAUACGUAGCCACCCAGAAAUUGACUUGCUCAUGCUCUUUAAUGGUUUCAACUUUCGAAGGGUGCGUUUGGCUUGGUAAAAUUAAUAAAGAGCAAGUCUGGCAGCUUAGAUAUUGGGUGGGCCUUUGAAGCAUCUUGCUUCUCUGGCUGUGAUUGGCUUUGAAGGUUUCUAUAGUGGAUUUGAACCAAUAGCUCAUUUCCAUUUACAACUACAGGCUUGGCAGUAGGUUGAUGGUUAAAAGUGUGUAUGCAUGCAUGCCUGCACACAUACACAUGUUCAAACACUGCACGUGCGCACACACACACACACACACACACACACACUUUCAUAGGGAGUAUUAGAGUUGGUUUGUAUUCUUGGUCCCUUAGACUGGGGGUUAGAGGAGAUGCUUGGGAUGGGCUUAGAUUCAGGGAUCUGCUGGGAGAUGUCAUUGGAGCUGCCCUGAGCUGGCCUGGGGAUGGGAAGCUAACCUUAUCUCGGGCAGAAAGAGGUCUCAAUCCAGGAACUGUGGCACCUAGAUAACUAUCUUAUCCAUAAAUCAUUCUGAGCUCUUUGACACCAGAGAGAAAACAUGUUGACAGUUCACAGCUGACACAAUGAGUGUGGUAGAAAUGGAGGCUCUUUGACCAUAAGCAACUCCUGGCGCCUAUCUGGUCAACCAGUGCCACAUGGACCAAGACUAGUAUGAAUCCAGAAGCACAGGCCUAGAGCCCAGGAGCCUUCCUAGGGGAAGGCAGGUGUGUGGCCUGGCCAGAGGAUUUCCUCCUAAAGGGUAAGAGUGGGCACAGUAUGGAAGGGCAUAUUCAGGAGAGCUCCUGCUGCUCACUGGUAGGAGAAUUCUGGAGCGUAUCAUUUCACAUAUAGAGCUGGGUGACCUGGGUGGCCUGGUCCUGAUGGUGGCUGAUGACAGCUGCACAGGGGUUCUUCCUGUUGGGAGGCCAUCUAUGAUGCUCUGUGGGCUGGAGGCAAGGAUGAUGUGUUAGGUUCUAGUGGUUGUUACACAGGGUCUGGUACACCAUGAGCACAACUUCACACAGACACACUGAGUCAGACAAGGCAGGUGUCAGCACCCUUUGGGGUCUGCCUCACCUCUAAGAAUUCAGAGGGCACUUUAGAAUGUAUGUGGGAUCCCUGGCCUUGCCCUGAGAGUUCAUUCCUUGUAAACACAGGUCCAAUAAUAGGAGAUGAGAUCUGUCACUCUGUGGUCCAUGCCAUAAAUACUUCAGAUUCAACUUCAAGUGCCAUAUCCUGUCACUCAACAAUUAUCUAAUCAACAUGUCAUUAUGUAAUGACUAAUACAUUUAGAUUUUUAAGUUUUCUAACUAUUUUAAUCCAUUCUGUUCCACACAUUCCAGAUGCCUGAAAAACAAAAAUUAUUCCACUAGAGGCCAGCCACAUUUAGUUCAAAUCAAUGUGUGCUCCUGUGCAUGUGUGUGUGCAUGUGGGUAAACAUUGUAUGCAUGUCUAAUACAACAUAAAAUUAUUCUUCCUGGGAUUAAGGUUACUCACUGAAGGAAAAAGAAAUUGAAUAUAGUGAGCUGUCAUUUGGGACACUUAAUAUCCCAUAAGCUGAGGAAUCACCUGCCAUCCCGCCCCCGAACUCCAGGGAGGGAGGCGGGGAUGGGCACAUGUCUCUGAGCCACUCAGCCUACUGGUAAGUCUUUUUUGCAAAGGGACCUCUAUGAUAGUGUCAUUCUGGCCCGGGUGCAUCGAGAGGCCCUGUUGGUCUGUUUCUCUUGUCUUGUUGGAUUGAGGGUUUGGUUGUCUGUUGAAUAUUGUGCAGAGUAGGUGGCAACUCCACAUGUCAGGUGAGUGUCCAUCCGAACUCUGAGGGGGGAACAAAAUGGCAUCAAUCUCAGGUACACUAGCCCUUCCCUGCCCUCCAAGUUCCAGCAGCUGACGUAGGGGCCACACCUUCCACCUGGUGUGUCAGCUCUUGCCGGUCUGGAUUAUAUAGUGGGAAGAACAAGACUCAGGAGGCUAUCUUGUAUUGUUCUUCAUAAGUGGCUGGAAAAAAGACUCUUAAAAUUCAGAAAAUUGACCACCACUAUGCCACAUCCUCUGUCCUGACAAGCGUUGGUCAUUUAAAAUCUAAUGAGUAUACUGAGUUUUCUUCAGCAUGUUGCUAGACCUGCUCAGUCCACACUCAGACAAGAGAGGCCAAUCAUUAUUGCCCCAUUAGUGAACACCUUUGGGGGGAGGGCUUUGAUAUAGAGGUAAAUUGAUCAAACAUUCAUUACUAGAACUUCCAUUUAGUUUUGCAGUUCCUGGGCCCCUUCUGUGGACUCCUUGUCCAUGAACAGCCUGUGGAGGAAGUAGUUGGCUACUGCUCAAUACACAUUGUCCUGAGAGUGCAAGGCAGAUAGGGAGGGGCCAGGCCUCAACUCUUCAUCUGCUCUGGCCAAGCUGCACGUUUUCUGCUAAGGUUAAGAUCUCUGCUAAGCCAAGUGAAAUCUGUAAAAACUGGGCUGCCAUCGAUGCUAUUGUCUAUACAACCCUGCUUACCCAGUGUGGUGCAGGGUGUCUCAUGGAGGCUGGUUCCUGGUGGGCAAGGCUUGGUUGAGCCCCAUAUUUGGAGCAUGUGGCCAAGUGCUGUUUGGCUCUGUAAUUCUUGGCUUUCUGUUGCUAAACUAGAACCAUUUGAUUUCUUUCCAAUCGGCUGCAUUCCUCCAAAGUUAGAGACACCUGGAAAGAAAUUAGAACUCCUGGCCUCAGCUUUAGAGUGUUACCUUUAGAGUGUCUCAAACUUUUCGAAACACAAACUGAAAUUGUGUUAGCAGCAUCUUCUUAAAUCAAUCUUUUCUGAAAGGCCUGAUAUCAAAUAGGGACAGAGCUAUGGCACUCCUAUAGAGCCUAAACCAUACUGCCCAGCUAGAAUUACAGCUCUUACCCUCAAUGCUCCCAUGCUUCCGGCAAGCACAGUGCCUUCCCAGGGACUUCCCAGGGAGUUUAGAGAGAGUUCUCCAGGAGUGCAUAGAAAGCAAGGAAGGGACAAUGGUACAUGACAAGAAGUAUGGCUGCCUCUCCAUUACAGGACCCCCACGUGCUUUCCAGGCAUUGGUUCUGCUGAUGCCAGACAACAUCCACUUCAGAUGCAUUGGUUUCCAAACAUUUCCAGCAACUUGCUGAGAUUUAGCAUUUCAACAGAGAUGCUAUCUGAGACUGACUCCAGAAAUCUUUUAGACUUCAUAAACUUGAAGGAUUGCCUGCAGGCAACUAGAUCUGCCUGGGGUUGGUGCCCUCUGCUCCAUGGCACUGCACUGGGAAGUGGGCCUGACAGCAGCCAGAAACUUGUUUCUCACCUCCCACCAGCAACCUCCACUCAGCCCCAGACCCCAGGCACAUGAAGCACAAGUCUCAGGGGACCGUUCCCAUGCUGUGGGGAGCCCAAGGAAGCCCCCAGCAUCUCUUGCUUACACCACUAGCAGUGUGGGCACAACUGGCCACCAGGAGCACACACGCCUGGGGAGGAGGGGCCUGCUCUGUUGCCUUCAUCCCUGUUAAAAUUGAGUAUAUGCAAGCCAUUUGCACUAUGGAAUUGCAUGCCAUGAAAUUCCUAACUGUGUGCACCUUAGUUUGAAUUUGACAUUAUGUAGCAUGCACAAAAGAAAGGAUGGGCUUGGGCUUGUCUCCAAGUCACCUCUGCCGCUCAUUGGGAGCACAGCGUUGCCCUCAGCCAAUGCCAGGUUUUGUGGAGCCCGUGUGGGUGUGGCUCCAGCACUUACUGUCCAGUGUGUCCCUUUCCCACCGUGCUCCCACUUAAGCUGAUUGCUCACCAAUUUGCACAAAUGGAAAUGUCGUUAUGAUCACGUCUUAGCAGUAAUUCCAUCUUGGUUUAAAGUAAGCCCAAAGCCCACUUCUGGAGUUCCUUACUGAAAAAAAAAUUAAAAAAAAAAAGGCAUGUAAGCACCUGUGUCCUGUGUUUAUCAAGAAAGCUUUGAGUCCCUUAGGGAUGGAGGGUGCAUGGACAAAGGGGGCAUUUUAUCCCACACGAUACACUUACCAGAUGCGUCCGUAGCUAUGAGAACUCGAUGAUUAUAUUCACAAUAACUCAAUAUCACUGGGUAACCUCUCACAAUAGAUUUGUAUAAUCAAUACGGGUCUAUUUUUAUGUCAACUCUGUAGAGCACCUUCCAGUCUUUUUCAAGAUUGUUAAAUUGAGAUGAGUAAUUGAAUAAUUUGUCCUAUUUUUAUUUAAAAAGUGAAUGAACUGAAAUGUUAAUGUGAAUGUACAUUUCUUAACUGCAACUUUUCUACUGAGUGUUUGCACUAUAAUCUCUGGGGUCUUAUUUAACAAAAAUAAAGGAGAAAAAUUGCUUGAAUAAACUCUGGCCAUUUUCAUUGAAGGACAAAUGGCCAUAUGCA